AUGGCGGCAAGGAGCCAUAUGUCAAUGUUGUUCCGCCAAAAAUCCAAAGUUGUGUCUCCAGGUGUCGCGAAAAAUCAGAACGACGUUCCAGCUGAUUCCACGGCCGCCAGCACGCUUUCCAAACUUCCGGAGAACGCGGAGAAAUCUGCCACACCUCCGUUGGUUGCCCAACCGAGUUACACCAAAUUGUCGGAAGGUUUGCGCAAAAACACGCCGGCCAGCGUCAUUUGUCUGGCCUUUUGCGGCGGAAGAAAAUGCCGUUUCGACACGAGUGAUCGCUGGACCGCGGAGGAUAUGGCCGUCGAUGGACUUUACUCUCACUGGAUCACCGAAGACAUUUUGGCUAUGGCCCGUCCGAACGCCCAACUUAUUCAGAAAAACGAUAUCGUGGGCCAGUUCAUACGAUUGGGAAUCAAGACCAUCAUCAAUUUACAGACGGCGGGCGAACAUUCACACUGCGGUCCACCGUUGACCUCGUCGGGAUUCUCCUAUUUACCCGAAAGCUUCAUGGAGAAAGACAUUUUCUACUACAAUUUCGGAUGGAAAGACUACGAAAACGGUUCGCUGGAGGGGUUACUGGAUGCGGUAAAGGUCCUUACUUUUGCCGUUAAUCAGGGCAAAGUGGCCGUUCACUGUCACGCAGGUUUGGGUCGGACUGGAGUGCUGCUCUGCUGUUACCUCAUUUACAGCCAACGGUUGCGAUCGGUUGAGGCCAUUCGCCAUGUUCGCCGGAAGCGCCCCAAUACGGUUCAGACAUCCAGUCAGAUUAUGAUGAUUCAGGAAUUCGAACAGUUCCUUAUAAACUGCUUCAGCGUGUUUAGCACCAGCAAGGCUGACGUCAAGAAUUCUAGUGCCAAACACCCGUUCACUCUUUCGCAUCACUUGGAGGACCAGAAAGAAGUUCUCCAUGGCUACGAAGCCAGAGCUUUGCGCUACAUUCCAAAGAUCAUUUACGUGAUAUGCGAGCGAUUGCUGUUUCUUUGCCGAGCCGAUCCGUCCCCAACGCUCAACUUUUGGCUGGACGAAAGUCGACCGCCUUUUACUCGCUCCUUCUUCUGUUUUCUCGAUGACCCCAAACAACUGACUUAUCAAGUCAGCGGACACGAACGAUGGGAUACUUUGGACGAUCUGAGAUUCAAAGACGGACCAAACGCACCACAAAUGCCAGUCGGGCAAACGAAUUGUGGUUCGUUCUUCAGCUGUGAUAAUACCCAGGUUAUUUUCGAAGAGAUAGUCAACAGUCUACUGGCUAACCCGCCAACAGAUUUUUUGGCCCACCCAACAGUUAAAGAUUACUGCUUAACGCUGGACGGGCGCCAAUCAGGUUGGAAGAGGCUUUCAUCCGAAAGAGAUCCUAAAAUCUUGAGCCGGCUACUCUUCUAUUGGCUUCUGCACUUGAAAAAUCCCAUUUUAACCAACGAGGAAUUGAGCAACAUCGUCGUUUACGCAGACAAACCAGCAAUCUGCCUAUCUCGUUUCGAUCUGGCGACCCGCUACACUGUCGAGUAUCUACUACGAUUCAUCCAACGACUGUGUCCGACUGCAAAUAACGCCCGUUUCGAUCUGAAUCGCCGACUGGCCAGCCUUCUGACGCAACAAGCGGUCGAGAUUCGCGGAAUCUAUUUCCCAAGUGACGGGCGGAAGCGAUUGGGUCAAGGAACGCUUGCACAGCUGCUGCAUUUCCUCAAUUCGGCUAUCGAGUUAUUUGUUAACGAAAUUGUCACGAUUUCGGAAGAAUCGGCUAGUUCAAUUCAAGAGUGA